UAUUCUCCAGUCAGGCCAGCAGCAGAUUCUUCUUCUGAACUUCCAGACCAGCUGCACCCUGUGGAAGAGUUUUCCAGCUCUGGGAGAGACUCCUCAUCAUCAUCUUCAGACAUCAAGUGUCCACCCAGAGGUCCAGACCUUCGACAUGACACCCUCAGGAGACGUCCUCUUCUUCUCUGGUCAGCAGCUCCAAGUGGCUUGUGAGGUGAUUCUGGAUAUGUCAGGAGAGGAAGCAAGCCCAGACAUUGUUUUCAUGGAGACAGAAGAUUCUCCAUCAGUGGAUGAAGAUCAGUGGUCCAUGUUGGAGCCCAGUCCAGAUUCUAGCCAGAACUCUUCAGAGUCGGACCAGGACGAGCCAGUGUCUCAGGAAGACUUGUUUUCUGCAUCUGAAUAUGUGGAGGACAUUUACUGGAACUUGAGGGCCACAGAGGAGCGGUUCAGACCAAAGCCAGGCUACAUGGACCAUCACCCGCAGACCUUGGAGAACAUCAGGCCCUUCACAGUGGACUGGCUGACCCGAAUCACCACAGACCUCGGGCUCGACACAGAGACUCUGCAUCUGACCAUCAACUACUUGGACCGGAUCUUCUCCAAAUCUAGAUCAAUGAAACUACAGGACCUGACUCUGAUCGGAACGACUGCUCUGUUCAUUGCUACGAAGCACCAGAGCAGGAACCCCCCAGAGGCUCGGGUGUUUGUCCCACGAGAUGGAAGCUACACGAAGAAAGAGUUGCUAGAGAUGGAGUGGCGUCUCCUCAAAACCCUGGACUUCACUCUGUCAGCCCCCACGUCCUACACCUUCCUUCACAUCUUCAUGUCCAUCUACCCUGUUUGUGAGACCACACAGAACCUGGCGGUGACUUGA